AUAAUUUUAUAUUAAUUUAGCUAUCACAAAUGUUGAGGUUGACAUCAAUACACAGGUUUACCGCGAGAGCAAAUGCUCUCGCCCAGAGAGGCCCAUUGCAUGCUUGCUUCUCUCUGGUUAGACCAGGGUUCAGAGCCUUUUCCGUCUCGAAUAGUCCCGGAAAUAAUGGCAAUGAUGCAGCUGAAGCAUACCCCAUGAGUAUUACAUACCAAAAGGAUAUUCUGAAGGAGUUCAAGAAACGAGAGAAAGAGAAAUAUCUCCAACUCUACGAAGAUGAGCUCUACCAAAAGUCUCUCGAAGGUGUUUUCCCUGAUAUUGUUAACAAAGAAGAGCUUGUUCAAGAUACUGACAAUUUAGAGACCAGUGUGGGCGCAAAAAUUAAGGAAAUCAAUACCCUCGCAUCACCUACAUUUCCAACUUCAGAGAGAUUUUACAUCACUGAAGAUGAUGAUGACCAAAACUCUGAAUACUUAAUGAUGAUUGCUCACCAAAGGCUGAAAUUUAAGAUGGGGAGAUUUGCUAUGGCUGAGAGAAAACUUAAGCUAAGAAAAUUAAUCCGGACUAACCUGAAAUAA